AUAACAGUCGCGGUGGGGUCGACUAAAGUUGCCGCUCACCCUCCAUAGAUACUUUUGUGUAGAUGUGUAGAGAGAAAUUUACGAAUGAAUAUGCUAGAAUGCCCCUCCAUUGUCUAUUAUACUAUAUACAGAUCAAACCGCUUUUAUUCAAUUCCUGCUUCCAGUCAGUCUGAAUUCAAUAAAAUAACCUCGAAUGUUAUUAACAUGCGCACAAAGACAUCAGAAGGUGAGAAGAUUUUGAUAAGCUGGUUUUUGAAGGCAUAGUACAAACAUUCGAGAAAUGAACAUCAUUUCUGAGUCGUAUACCACAUCCCGAAGCAACGCCGGGCCAGCCUUACAA